AUGUUUAUUAUGUGCUAUGUGCUUAUGCACAAGAUGGAUGGAAUUGAAGUUAGGCUGAAAAAGAUUGCAGAUUGUGAUCCUUGUAUGGGGCAGACGCCUAUGGAUGUUGAGCAUGAGAUUGGGUGGAGCAAUGCAAAUGAAAGGAGAAGCUCAAGGUGUGAGUAUCUGUCUCCUCUGAAGAAGAGAAAGGUGGAUGAGCAUUUUCCGAUCUGUUUAGCAAAUCAAGAGGUAGUGAAGAAGAAUGGCAAAAGGAAUGAAGUGGUAAGGGAAACAGAAGUGAGGAAGAGGUGGGAUGUGGAAGGAUGCAUUAUGAGAUUUCCAGCAGUGCUAAUAAGAUAUCUGCAUCUGGUUUUGAAUGCAGUGAUGAUAGGGUUUAUUUGCUAUGCAGUGGUGUAUGUGUUUGUAAGUCUACAGCGAGACAUCAGAUACAAGGUGUCGAAUAGAAAGAUGCAUAUUAAGAAGGAAGUAGAAGAUGCCCGGGCGUCUUACGAAAUAAAUAGAUGCCAUCCAGAUACAAGGGUGCCGGCAAUAGAGGAGCUGUGCAAUAGAUGGGAAUGCACGAUCAAGAAUGGCAAUGGGUCAGUGGGAUAUACGAGGAUUAUUGCAGAGGUGUUUGGUGAUGUUCUUGACGGGUUUGUUCGGAAGUUCUCGAUGAAAAGCUCACUGAUUAUGGGGUUUUUCUUUUUUGUGUUCCUGACGUUUGGAGGAAGAAGAGUGAAGAAAUAG